AUGCUACUAUUCGUCUUGAGCUAUGUCUUGAUAGGCAUUCUAUUCUAUUUUGAAUAUAGAUAUGAAUCGUCUCGCACAACAACUACGCUACAGACUUCAGCAGAUGACAGAGGCACCACUCGCCUUUUAUUGAUAAUGUGGUUCUUGGCUUUGGUUAUCUCGCCUCUGUGGAUACUACUCACGGUGGCCGCCAUGCCACUGGUGUUCAACUGGAUUGGCCUCAGUCUUAUUUUGCUUGCAAUCGGCUUGCUCAGAUGGACAACCUAUGUCAACCCAUUUUAUUUACGUGCCAUGGCAACAACAGACGAUCACUUUAUCUGCACGGAUGGUCCAUACAAGACGAUUCGCCAUCCUGGUUACUUGGCCUUUUUAUUGGCCUGGAUGGGAUUUGGGUUCAUGACCAAUAACUGGAUCUCGUUUGUCAUGGUCACUGUGUUGAUGCUCUGGGGAUAUCUGCUUCGUAUUUUGGCAGAAGAGCAAAUGAUGUUGGAUCGAUUUGGCGUGGAUUAUCAGCAAUACAUGAACGAAUCUUACAGAUUGAUGCCAUUCAUUUUUUAA